AUGUGUAGGUCUUCGGAUUGUUAUCACGACUUUCGCUCCAGCGAUCAAAGUCUUUUGAAGAUCAAAGCUUUCUUUAUUCGUUUCUCGGGUUUGGGUUCUUGUGCGGAACUGUUAUCCGAUUCGCUCACCCUACUCUACUCACCAAGAAUCAACGAAACGGCACUCGAAGUUUCCGGGUCCAAUAUCCGGCCCGAUUCCUUCGCGUUCUUGACUCUCCAUCGGAUGGUUAAAGUGGAGACGAAAGUUGGAGAGGCGAUAUAUGGGAGCAGAGAGCGGGUUCGCGCCGGGGAUGGGGUCCGGUUCGAGGUUUAUUCAAGAGAGGAAAAGGUGUUGAAAGGGAUUUUCAGAAGAGAGGAGGCGCAGAGGUGGAAAAUGGAGUGCAAGUGCGCGCUGGAAGGAGGGGAUGGGGAAACGGUUGCCGUUGAACGGGCGAUGGCGGAUGUCUGCGUGGCUGUAGAGGGAAACGUGGCGAUCUUAGAGAGGGUGGAAAUGUCUGCGAGGAAGAGGAAGAAGAAUAGGAGGGUGGGUUUUAAUCAGCUGGAGGAUAUUCCAGAGGAGAGAGAAGGGGAGAGUGAAUCGGACGGUAGAUAUUGCUGCAGUUGUUGGGAACCGGACAGUAGCGGUUUGGAAGGAAAGUGCGAGGCAGAUUGUGGUGGGAGGCAGGUGAGUUGGGCCUUUGAUGUGGGCAUUUGGGUGAUGUGCUUUGGGAUUGGAUACUUGGUCUCCAAAGCCUCCGCCAAAAGCUUGAGGCUCAUGAGAAUCCUAUGACAGUGUAAAUUAUAAAUUAUAAAAAAUGGAAAUGUGGUAUUGGGGCAAUUUUUCCAA